AUGGUUCUACUAAGCAUCGAACAAUUGGAAAAAGUAAAAAGUGAUGGCCUUUAUAUUCCGCAUUUAGAAAAAGAAUCAUGUGGAGUUGGCUUUGUGGCAUCAAUACGCGGUAUCGCUACUCAUCGAAUUUUAUGCGAUGGACGAACGAUGCUUCAACGUUUGGCACAUCGUGGAGCUUGCGCUUGUGAUAACGAUUCCGGUGAUGGUGCAGGCGUAAUGACUGCUAUACCGGAUAUGUUGUACCGGAAUGAUCUCAGAAAUAAUGACGAAGGAAUCGAAUUACCUCCAAUUGGUGAAUAUGCGACAGGUUUGCUCUUUCUCAAGAAUGACUCAUACGAACAAGCUAUUGAAGCAUUCACAGAUUUGGCUAAAGGCUGCAAUUUAAAAGUAAUUACUUGGCGCAAAUUACAAACAAAUUCAGGAAAAAUUGGAGCUGAAGCACGUAAAACAGAGCCAUGCAUACGGCAGGUAUUUGUUACAGCACCGUAUGCUGCUACCGAUACGGAACUGUUUCAGCGAAAUCUUUAUGUGUUGCGAAAACAAGCUGUAGUACAAUUAGCUAAACAAAAAAUUGAGUGUUAUGUUGUGUCUCUCAGCACUUCAACAAUUGUUUAUAAGGGACAAUUUACACCGAAUCAGCUCUAUGAAUAUUAUUCUGAUUUAACAAAUCCGGAAUAUGUAUCACAUAUGGCAAUGGUUCAUAGUCGUUUUUCAACCAAUACAUUUCCAUCAUGGUGUAGAGCACAACCAUAUCGGAUGGUUGCUCAUAACGGUGAAAUUAAUACUCUACGUGGAAAUGUCAAUUUUAUGCAUGCACGUGAAGGCACUAUGAGAAGUCACGCAUAUGGCAAUAAUCUUCAGAAACUAUAUCCGGUGGUCGAACGUGAUAUGUCAGAUUCGGGGUGUUUUGACAAUGUGUUAGAAUUUUUGGUGAAAGCUGGUAAUCGUUCCUUGCCAGAAGCAGCAAUGACAAUGGUUCCAGAAGCUUGGGAAAAUGACGAGGAACUGGCUUCCGAAAGACGAGCAUUCUACAGAUGGGCUGCAAUGUUAAUGGAGCCAUGGGAUGGACCAGCGUUAAUGACAUUUUCGGAUGGACGUUAUGUUGGAGCAAUUCUGGAUCGAAAUGGUCUAAGACCAGCUCGUUUCUGUAUCACUAAGGAUGAGCACAUUUUUUUGGCCAGCGAAGUGGGCAUAGCAGAUUUGGAAGAGGAAAAUAUCAUCCGAAAGAUCUGA